AUGGCAGAAACGCAUUUCAUAUUCCGCACCGGACUGCAAAUCGUUAUUGCUUACAUCGUUUUGAAGCUACUCACCUAUGAGCGGACCUUUGUGUACAUAAUCAAUUGCGCCGGUCAUGUAUACAACUUCAUUGAUGCCUUCAUCUUAUUCUUCUCUAAAUCUUGGAUGUUUCCAAUAAUGUUCAUCUACUUCUGCGCUUAUGCUGCAUGGAUUUAUGUGCAGCAGCCUGGAACAGUGAACAAGAAAGUAGCUCGAGUUCUUUCGCUGCCGAUA